AUGGACAGACAGACAUACGGCACAGCUACACGACAGAGGGAGGCAGAGAGACAGAUGGACAGACAGACAUACGGCACAGCUACACGACAGAGGGAGGCAGAGAGACAGGGGGACAUACAGACAUACGGCACAGCUACACGACAGAGAGGGACAGAGAGACAGAUGGACAGACAGACAUACGGCACAGCUACACGACAGAGAGGGACAGAGAGACAGAUGGACAGACAGACAUACGGCACAGCCACAUGCCGGAGAGAGUCAGAGAGACAGAUGGACAGAAACACAUACAGCACAGUUACACGACAGAGGGAGGCAGAGAGACAGGUGGAUAGAAAGACAUACGGCACAGACACAUGA